UUGCAAAUGGCGGGGAGCGAUUAAAAAGUGACAAAUUCUUUGAAAGUAAGAUCAGAGCCAGAGACCAUUUAUAAAGAUCAAUAAAAACAACAGGAAGGAUGUCAGAGUCAGUAUCCCCUCCUAGGUCUCCAAGCACUGGAUUCAUAAAGCUGCCUCCAAUCAUUAGUAAUGAGCUGGAUCGCAAAUUUCUGACAAGUUUGUCAGAAUACAUUGAGAGGGAAUUGAGUGAAGUUAACCACGAUGACCCUGGGCAAAGAUAUGUGGUUCACCAAGCUGCAUUUAAUAAGAUCAUAGAAUAUGUGACAGCCUACAAGCCUAUACUGACCAAAAUAAAGAAGGAGUAUGAGGAGACUAUUGAGGCCAUCAUAACAGGUCAGAGAGAAGCAGUUUUCUUGACAGGAAAGCUAAAAGCCAUGUCUUCUGAACCAUCUACUUUGAGAAAUUACCGCAAACGAGCAGAUCAGCUAGAGGAUAGGAUUGGAAUCGUCGAGAAGGACAAUGAAAAAUUACAGUCUCAGCUGGAUUCGAUCAGAAAAUCCCAAGAGGAACAACAGAAAAUAGAACAGGAGGUCCUAGAGCCUCAGAAGAAAGAAUUAAAGAAAGAUAAGAGAUUACUGCCAGGUUUAACUCUUGAACAGUCGACCAACCUAAGUCUGCUUCAUCACAAACUGGACAAAUUAGACCGACAGUUCAAAGAACUGAGCAUCAGCUUUAAAACUCGAUACGUCCCAAAGUCAAGGAAAGAGGAGCUGAAAGACGUUCUCAAUGAUAAGGUGAAUCAGAGAGACCAGCUGUUAACACUAAGUAAGCACAAUCGGGCUCGGCAGGAGCGGCUGGAGAUCGCUGUGGUAGCGGCUCAGGAGUACAACAGAUACAAACCUCCUCACCAGACAGUCGGUGAUGCCGUAUCGCUGGCACUGGCUCGCGUCGCAGGAGAGAAGGCAGCCGCCUUAUUAGAAAAAGCUGAGCAGCUGACCCAGGGGGGAGAGAGUACUGGAGAGGGUAGAGAGGGGUCACCCACUAACACAUCCACCUUUGACGAAGAUGACCCCAGCAGAGAGAAAGAGGCGGAGAUGAUGCUGGAUUACAUUGAGAAAUUUAAUGAACUUUUUGAGGACGGGAAAUACGAGGAAGCAGCUGUACACGCAGCAAAUAGUCCUAAAGGCAUACUGCGCACUCCAGCCACCCUACUAAAAUUCAAAGAGGCUAGAGGUCGGUUUGGAAGCAGAAGUCCCCUCUUAUCAUUUUGUGAUUCGCUAAUGUCCUCUGUGCCAGCGAUUGGUGUGAAACCAAACGAGAGUUUGUCCACUGAGUGUGUACGCUGUGCUCUGGAAGAGAGCCGGCUUGAUCUGCUCUCUCAUUGGAUCGCUCAGGACAGAUUAACGGUUUCCAUGGAAAUGGCAAAUAUGAUUCAGAAUUACUGUAAGUGUAGAACAGUGUGCAGAUGUUCCUGUCAGGCUCUGGCACAGAAUAUCUACACUUCAUUAGGGGAGCACAUGGACGUGGUAAUCUGCAUGCUGAAGCAGUCCCGCGUGCAAGCGGCACUGGAGUACGCCAGCAAACAGGCAUGUUUCACACCCAUGGAUUACAUGAGACUACUGCAGGCGUGCCCCUCACAGCAGCUGGCUCAGACUCUAGUUGCUCCAGGGAGGCAACUCCUGCCACUGGGCACUGUCAUCAGGGUGCUACUGGACACUAGCUACGAGGAAACCAAAGGCCUGCAACUCUUGAUGGAUUUACACACAAACUCUGCAGAUGGCAGUUCAAAGAGCCUGGUGGAUGCUGUGAUGGCUGACAAUCAAACCACUAAAGCGGAUUGGAUGGUAAUUGUAAAACUCUUACAAGUGAAUGGGUACCAAGAAACUGCUUUACAGCUGCUGGCUGCAGUUACCGUGCAAGAUGUUGUGCAGAAAUCAUUGACAGUCAUACAGAAUACAGACUGAAAAAGUUGAGAGAUUUCCCAGCUACUUAUGUGUUGACCUUUUUUACAUUCUCAGGAACAGAGGUCUAAACUGUUACCUGUAUCUUGGAGUCUUGACAUUACUAGGAGUGUGAAUUAAAUCAGUUGGAUAACCGAAGUCAGUGUGUCUUUUUGUCACUUGAGAGUCAGUGAAACUGAAGAUAUAUGAGUACGUUUACAAUUUGACAGGGCCACUCUGCAACAAUUCUCUCUUGAAAAUGACAUUUUGACAGACACAUCUCACUUUUUGUUUUCUGAUGGCUCUUGAUUUUAUGAUAAGCUAAAAUAUAAUGCUUACAUGUAUAUGGCUUUGGACCAACCAUGUAGAAUGAGAACCAGCUGAGUCUAUUUUGUUGAUAUGUAUAGAAUAAAACCGAACUUAGUCCAGUUUCAAAAUACAGGGAUUGUCUUGGUGUUGCAAUUGAAUGUGUGCUAUAUCUCACAUGUUUAGGAGCGAGCCAUGACAGAAUGGUUAAGGUGGUUCCACCUACCUCAGAAUCACUAGGACACGAGACGUUUGUGCAGGGGAUUUGUAGAUUCCCCCACUCUCUGUCUUUGUGAAGUCUGUGGAACCCUUUUUGUAAUCUUAAUGUUUGUUGAAGAUCACUUAGUCUUCUACCAAUGAUGAAAUGAUACAGAUGAAAUGAUACAGAUGAAUAAAUGAUACACUGUGCUUGGUAUAAGGUCGAGUGAUGCCUUCAGUCUAAAUCUGGCAAUUAUUUAUUCCUGGGUUUUUAUGUUUGUUUUGUUUGAAUAAGUUUCCAAGGUAUUUGUAUUAUGCCAAGUCGGAGUGUUUCAGCGUAAAGCGAGGCCACUGCCAGAGUGGCUAGUGUGCUAU